AACACUUGCUCUUCCGAUCACGUGCGAGAAGCACUCUAUCCAUCUCUACACAGCUUCUGCAAGGUCUGUCGGUUCGAACAGAGGCUGCUUGGUGGUAUUGGGACAGCUUAGCAUCUUAAGAUUAUUCCAAGGCAGACCUUAAACGAUGAAGCAAAUCUGGGCAGCGGAGACUCGAAACACACAUUCUCGCGGACCGGCCGAAUGGGCCGACAUUUGUGUUUAAUAUGCCGGCUAUUUGAUAGCAGUGAAAUCUGCCCGCUCCCCAAGCUGAUAGGGUUACGAUGAAGUGCAUGUGUUGAAACACAACAACCGCGAUUCUUUGAUUUCUCGCUGAGCUGAAUGGUACAGCGAGCUCCUCUGUAGAGGCAUCGUUAUGAAGUGGUUUUGCAUGUAGUAUUAAUUUUGACGUGCCCUGGUCAUGGAAGUGAGAGUUGACACUAAAAAUGUUGAUUCUUUGCUAAGAUCUUUUAAUGGUAUCUACGCCUUUCCCGGAUCUCUUUGGUAAAAAUGUCUUAGGAAAAGAUUAGCAUUUCUGAAGGCAAGAAACUCGCAUCGUAGAAAGGAGCAACAGCACAUUACGAUGGAGCAAAUGCAAUUGCCAAGAAACACGACAGCUAAUCUGACAACUUCAUCACCAGGUGUUGGGGACCCAACCACGGACGGCUCGAUAUGGGGGCCCUUCCACGUCGUUUUGAUGGCAAUUAUUCUUGCUCUCGCCUUCUUGGGCAACACCAGCAUCUGCUGGAUCAUUCUGACCGAUCAAAAGCUCCGCUCCGUCCCCAACACACUGGUCCUGAACCUGGCCGCGUGCGGGCUGUUCACGGUGAUAGCAAACGGCCCGCUGGUGUUGAUGGUGUUGUCGAAAGACUCCCAGAGUGGGUGGACGUACGGAAACGCUGCUUGCCAAUUCAACGGGUUCACGACAUCCGUCUAUGGCCUGGCGUCGGUGUUAACCUUAGCAUUGAUAUCCGUGAAUCGGUACCAAAUGGUCCGAAGAUCAACAGGUCGUUUCGCCUCCUGGUUCAAUCGGUCUUCAAUCAAAAUACUCAUCAGUGGCCUGUGGUUUCUGUCAGCGCUUCUCUCCUUCCCUCCAGUCGUUGGUUGGUCACGAUACGAGUUCAUUGCAGAGAGAGCCAUCUGCACAUUGAAAUGGUCCACAGAGAUCACCUACACGGUCUUUGUCUUCACACUGGGCAUAUUCCUUCCCUUUGUCGUCAUGUUCAUUGCCUACGCCGCCAUUUUCCGACUGGUGAGGAAAAAAUUCAAAAGGAUGCGGAGUCACAGCACACGAAGGAAGGACGGGUCGGUGUCACGGAACUUCAGCAAUAGUAGCUUUGGGCGGCACUUGAACGCCGCGGUCGAGCGGCAUUUAUCGGCAGCCGCGAGGCGGGAAAGCCUGCAGAGCACGGGACCACCGCAAGCCGACAGUGUCAGUGCGGUCUCAGUGGUCAGUGGAGCGGUCGGCAGUAACCCUCCUGGCCCGUCGACCCAACAGAUGCCAGCGGCGAUUCUGAGUGAUGUGGGUGACAAGGAUCAGGUUGUAUCGCCCGCAUCACCAGAACCCAUCACGCUGGGCCAUCACCUGUCACCGGGAGUCCACAGUGCCAACAGAGGGCGGUCGUGGUCCCUCGCAGAAGCACAGAUCAAAGACGACAACAGGUUCCUACAGGUAUUAAACAAUGCCCCAGACUGCGAGGCUCAGACUGCAGACAAGAAUCUCACUAUUGCCGUGCCAGUGUCUUACCAAACAGACCAUUCUGACCAAUCUAAAGCGCACGAAGCCACCCCUUCACGAUCCAAAAGUGCCCACCCCAGGGUCUGCCGAACCUCGUCUGCACCCGAGCAAGGGGACGGUAGUAUGCUGAAGUGGCAGAAGGGCAGCACCAAAAAAGAGACCGAGAAGACGGUCAAAACCGCCCCUACUGGCAAAGCAACUGCAGGGGGCAACUUCCGACCCCCUAAGGAUGACGUGCGGGUCACCGUCAUGGUAUGCACUGUCCUGACUUCAUUCAUACUGUGCUGGUUGCCCAUAACUUUCAUCAACUUCUUGGAGACGGCUUGGGACGGGGAUGUAUCUCCGGCCCUCAACAUCUUCUCCGUGUACAUGAUGUUCGCCAGCAGCGCCAUAAACCCGCUCAUCUACGGCAUGCUGAACCGUAAUUUCAGGAGUGGCUUCAAACGGUUCUUCUGCGGGUUCUUCAGCCCACGCGGUGCCUGUAGGUGCUGCCUAUCUACAAAGAUGCCUCGUCAGAACAGGGUGUCUGUAAUCAAUGUAAAAAAUGAAACUCUUAAGUGAAAUUGCCUAUCAAAGGUUUACAAAAAAGACCCUCUAAGACUUCAUGGUGCAAUUUCGUGUUUGUACGCAGAGGAAUAGGCAGCUGUUAUCGUGAAAAAAAGUUCCAUCACUCACAUCCAAAGCCCAGAAAAGUAUACAUAUGACUAACUUUAACAUCAAAGAAACGAUAUAUUGUGUGUGAAAUGUAGCUCAAAUUGAUUCGAUCUCGGAUGACACAUUGAAGACCUUGUGCCUUCUUGUGGAUGAUUUGCGGGGAUUUUCAAAAUAUUUGUCUUAUCACGUUGCCUAAGUACAUGUAUUAAAAACCUAGUCAGUUUCCCUAUAUAAUUUUUUUCACGAUUUAUGUUCAAAAGCCGUAUUCUCUCUGAGUGAUCCCUGUUCACCACUUCCCAGGUUGCAUUGUGUUAUUGGGGCGUGAUCCCUGGCUACACGGUGUUUCAGGUUUAAUGGCUCGGCCAUGUCCGAUUUGCUUGGCUGCGGCUUACACAUACACGUGACUCUAUUGGGAAGGACUGCAGCCUCUACCGUAGACUCGUCAAUAAAUGUUUCAAACCGUAGCCAAGUAAUUUGGAUAUUGCCACUGGGGCAGGGGUGGGUGGAACCACAGCAUACAGAAGAAAGGGAUUGGAACCACGGGGGAGGGUUUGUCGACAUUUUGUGCAUGUGUGCUUAUUUUAAUCAGCCAAAUAACCGAGUGAUAACUUCCCACUUCGCGACUAAUGCACGUAGGCCUACGUCCUGCCACACGAGUCUGUCAUUAACGCUCAUAAUCUUAGUUUGAUUAACGCAUUAGGCGAUAUCAAUGUUAUCUUUAUUUCACCUGAUAAAAAGCCUCGACUUUUAUCCAGUGCUAUAAAUGACGCAACUUGGAAAUGAAAAAGGAAGCACACGUAGUUGUCUGUGCCUGAAAAUUUCACUUUUACGAAGUAUUUAUGGUAUGAGCCUGGGUUGAAAUUGUGACCUCUUGUUUAUUCAAGACUCAAGCUGUCUUUCCACUUCAAAGCCAGUGGUGAAAAGUCACACAUGGCACGAGUAAAGUUGAGUUCCCAAGUUUUUAGCCGUCAUUAAGUCUUUCCGUAUACAAUUUAUCAAAUGGUUAUGCACUUUUUAAUCAUAGGUGCAGGAAAAUCGUUGUUUCAGUAUGGAAAACAUAACAGUUACUAAGAUGAGGAUGCAACAUACUUUUAUUGUGUUACGAAAUCCUUGAAUAAUUUGAAAACUUCCCUGCCGUAAACAGUAAGCCACUUCGCAAUUUCAUGUCAAAAUGAAUUGAACUUGUAGAUUAUAUAUUUGAUGUAUAGGCCUACUGAUUCUUCACGAUAUUCUGAGUAAUAUUUACUCAUUUACCAAGUCAAAUGUAAAACACGUUCGAUCAAAACCUUUCCAACAUUUUGAUGGAAAAGACAAUUUACAAAUAUGGCUUUUAUCACAGAAAAUUAAGGUUUAGUUACAAAGGCAAUCUUAGAAUAUCCGUCAUGUAGCCCACGCAAAAUUAGUGGUAAAAUCGAGUCGCAAAAAGACUAGUGAAUAUACAAACAGCUUAAAGUGAGGUUUUCUGUUGCAUUUAACCUGUUACCCUGGCAAUAUUUUCACCUGCAGUUUAAAAAUGUAAUUGACGGAGAAAGGAAACUAGUUUUAUCAUGAGAAGGUAGCAUAACGCGCGUCCUGUAAUCAUUUUGCUCACUCAUCGAAUGGAUAAUGGCGAUUACAUAUAUCUCGGAGCAACGCUUCUUGCUUAAGUCAGUUAUUUGUUCUUUAUUAAGUCUGCACUUAGUUAUGUGCGAAAGUACACUCAUAGUUGGUCUAGUUUGAACGAACAAUUUGAAUUACCUGAGAUAGCCAGUUACAGUUAGUCAAACGAAGACAUGUAUGUGUUCAAACUAGCUAUUGCCUUCAGAAUCGCUUAUAAAGGGUAAUAGCGAGUUUCAUUUAUGCUUUCAAAUAGUUUAGUAUAGUGCGGUGCACGUUACUAUACCAACCCUGUUCAAAAUUUUAAAAGUUAAAUAGCUUAGCUUAGCACUCGGAAUAAUGUCAGGACAAUAGUGACAUAUGUGUUGUCCCAAAUAGGUUAAAGUGGUGCCCACGGCUAAAGGUACCUGUCCUCGGUCUCUGUGGCGCAAUCGGUUAGCGCGUUCGGCUGUUAACCGAAAGGUUGGUGGUUCGAGCCCACCCAGGGACGGAGAAACUUUUUUGCCGCUUUUUUACACUAUUUGUAUAUAUCGGCAGUCGAAAGUCCAAAGCCACAGGAAAUUAUGUGUACCUUUUGAUCUUUUACACUAUUCGUGAUGUAUAUUUAAAAAUAGUGAGCCUACCUCGAGGAAAGUAAGGAUCACCUCCUAAGCAGACAGAUACGCCAAAACGUAAACACAGAAUUUCAAAUCAGUUCGACCAACUUAAUAUCCCAUGAUGCCUUAAUUAGGCUUAAAUCAAGCCGACACAAAGGGAGUAACGUUAUCUUCUAUUAUGCUUUAUUGAACGGCGGCAAGUAGUCUCCUGCUUUGACGUAUAUUUUACAUGAAGUUUCCUGCCUAUAUAGUAUGGUAUUCGCACCUUUUUCACCAGCCAAGAUGGAAUUUAGAUAUCGGGUGCUGCGACUUUCUUUUAUGGUGAGAAGUUGGGUAUUUGGACAAAGGCGUUGGAAAGGUUGUACUAGUUGUCGAAAGACUCGGACAAGUGUCUAUUAUGUCCCAUUCCUUUUUCAUAUAUUUAAAAUGUUUUCAUGUGCCGGCACGUGUCAAGCACUCGUUCUUUAUCCAUUCAAAAUGGACUUGAAAAUACCCACGGCUGCAGGGCGCAUGCUUCAGAAUCAGUCAGGUUGCCGUGCACUUGGUAUCUCACACCACAGCAGAAGACGUGUGAUUUUUCCACACAGAUCUGGGAACACACACAGUGGAUGAUUUGUUUUCACAUUAUUUAUCCUGCUGAUUUAAACCUGGUGUAUCUUGUACUCAUUAUGAGCAAUGCUGAUGAUGACUGACAUGUAGUCAUGCUGCCUUGAUGCCAAAUUGCAUCCAUUCGAGAAACUGGAAAUAAAAGACACCAUCACGAGCUCAAUGGCGAACGGACAAUAUUAUGUCCGUUUUUAUCAAAGGCUUCAAGGGUCCAUGAUGUGAAGUUUAAUUUGGAACGUGUUUUGUAAUACUUUCUACUCCUCAAAAAUUUCAGAAAAUUACCCGACAUCUCUCUUCUGGUUACUUUUUUGAAACAGUUUAAAUGUGAUGUCAUUACAGGGAGACACUGUUCGGGGUGGGGGUUAUGUUUACAUUGUGAACCCAAAUUCUACUCAUUGAAAAUAUCAUGUAAACACUUCGAUCACUGACCUACUUUCAUGAAAACAAACAACGAAUUAUCAAAGUAAACAUAAUUUACGACUUUCAGCAAAGUGUCCAAAAUUCUGGCAAAUUUUUAGCGACACCAUGUAUCCCACUGAUGACAUCACAGUUUCGCGCAUAAAUAUGCAAAAUCACGUGUGCAUUGCCAAUAAAAAUGUACUUA